AUGGCAACCUCGACAGGCAUGUCUUCAUGCUGCCUCUCCGGCUCCGUGCACAGCGGCACACCCGCCGGUCGCGAAGACACCAUCGGCGGCCUGCCAUGUUACGUGGCUGAACCGUCGUCGGCGGGACCCAAGACCAAGGCGAUAGUCUUCCUCGUCGACAUCUUCGGCUGGAAAUUCAAGAACGUUCGGCUGCUCGCGGACCAGUACGCGAAAGCGGGGUUCACAUGCUACAUCCCGGACGUACACCAGGGGGACAGCCUGCCGAUUGAGUUUCUGCAGUCCGUCGAGCCUCCGUUGAAGAAGAAGGAGCAGGAAGGCAUGCUCGACAAGGCAAAGGAGACGGUCGACGUCAUGGCCACGCUGGGUCCCUGGCUCGCCAAGCACCGCGAAAGCGUGUCGGAGCCGUUGAUCUCAGGCUUCAUCAACACCGUCCGCACCAUCCCGGGCACCGACAAGAUCGGAGCGAUUGGGUUUUGCUGGGGUGGACGGUACGCCAUUCUCCAGGCCCACAGGCGAACCGAGGGCCAGAUAGGAGGCGUCGACGCCGCGUAUGCCUGUCACCCUUCGCUCUUGAGCAUUCCCAGUGACCUCGAGCCCGUGGCUGUGCCGUUGAGUCUUGCUGUCGGCGAGAAGGACAGUCUUCUCGACAUGCAGUCUGUGGAGAAGAUACGCGACGCUUUGGAGAAGACCGGCGUGCCCACCGAAGUCAAGGUGUACAAGGACCAGGUCCACGGCUUCGCAUUGAGAAGUGAUUGGAGUAGCGACGAGGACAAAAAGGCCAUGGACGACGCCGAGAAGCAGGGGAUUGAGUGGUUCAAAAUGUACCUUUCGUGA